AUGUCAGGCCAACUUCCGACCGACCACCACAAACCAGAAAAGCCAUCAAUGACUCCUCAGGAACUCCAGACUGAGACCAUCCGUGUGGACCUCAAACGCAUGGCUACAGAUCUCACCUAUGGAAAACAGCUGUCCCAAGAAAAAGGCUUCCGCAUCUACAACGAGUCCUUUUCCAAGCUUCUCGGUUCCAAUCCUAGCAUCACUCAAGUCCAGAGCCGAGACUAUCAGUUCGCACAUGAAGCGGGCGUGUACGUCAAGUCCACCAACCGUGUCUACUUUACCGCCAAUUUCCAGACUUGCGACCCUAUCGCGUUAUACUCUGUAGACGCCUCUACUCUUAAAGUCGCAGAGGACGACUUUAAGGGCGUGGUACAAGCAAACGGAGCUUGCAACUACAAAGACAAAAUCCUCUACUGCUGUCAAGGCGACAUGACAAACCCCUCCGCCCUCGUCCUCGUAGACCCUACCUCAGGAACUUCAGAACCCCUGAUCAACAACUUCCAAGGCCGCCCCUUCAACAGCGUCAACGACGUAGUAAUCCACCACGCCAACGACGAAAUCUGGUUCACCGACCCUACCUACGGCUACGAACAAGCCUUCCGACCUUCCCCCGAUCUCCCAUCCCAAAUCUAUCGCUAUAAACCCUCUACAGGUCAGAUUUGGUGUGUGGCAGAUGGAUUCGUGCAAUGCAAUGGCCUCUGCUUUUCUCCUGACUACAGGAAACUGUACGUCACAGACACUGGCGCCUGUCAAGCCCACACGGGCCCCAAGGACGGCCACAAUUUUUCCAUGAACCCGCGUCUGCCGGCCACAAUCUACGUCUACGAUGUCAUUGCCAAUGGAACCCAACUCGCCAAUCGCCAAACUUUUGCUUACUGUGAUAAUGGUGUUCCUGAUGGGAUCAAGUGUGAUGAGGAUGGUAAUGUGUAUUCUGGAUGUGGGGAUGGUGUGCAUGUGUGGGAUGCCCAAGGCACAUUGAUUGGUAAAAUUGUUACCGGGGGUUGUGUGGCUAAUUUCUGUUUUUCAAAGGAGGGCAUGUGGAUGUUUGGGGAGGAGGAGUUGUAUCUUUGUAAAUUGGGUGCCAGAGGUGCUCUUGUUGGUGUCGAGUGUGAAUAG